CCUGAGCCAGGUAAGUAACUCACCUGUCUAGUGAGGUAGGAAAGUUAGCAGUACCUAGAAUAGACCUCACCCAAACAUCUUAUCAGCGGCAGACGGAGGAGGAAACCGAGUCUGAUCUGAAUAUCGAGGAGGGAAAACACGACAAAAUGAGUCGAGAAAUCGCUUACUCGACUGAGGUGACCAAACUGCGGCACAACAAGUACCUGUGGGCCUCACGAGUCAUAACUGUCAUGUGGGUUAUACUCACGAUCUGUUUCGCUAUCCUCAACGCUGUCUCCUUCGUACAGCCCCAGUGGCUCGGGGAUACUGCGGAAUCCCCGGGGGUAGGCUUCUUCGGACUCUACGAAUACUGCGAAACGUUACAGGUGGAUGGCGACUACUCUUGUAAAGGAGAUUUCAUGAGUUUUAAAACCAUCCUCAAUGAUUCGUUCCGUGCGGCCAGCAUGUUGGUAGGCAUUUCAGCUCUUUUGUUCAUCAUCAGCAUCGUCUGCAUCCUCCUGUUCUUCUUCCUCAAAGCAGACAAGGUCCUCAAGAUCUGUGGGUGGCUCCAGUUGAUUGCCACUCUGUGCAUGACAGCUGGAUGUAUCGUGUUUCCAAGUGGCUGGAACGAUGAUAUGGUCCGCAAAGUCUGUGGAAAGGAGGCUGGAAAAUACCACUGGGGACGCUGCAACAUGAGAUGGGCAUUCAUCCUGUCUAUUGUACUCAUAUUCGAUGGUUUCGUUUUGUCUUUCCUGGCCUUCAUGUUAGCUAAGCGACAGGCUAACCUCUUGCCCAAGUACAAAGAAGAAAAAUCCGCAGGGAUAGCCAAUGGGGGUUACAACGCCAGCGUGAACGGUUCUUUUGUAAACCCUGUCAUGUUGCCUGCAGAGGAGAAACAGCCACAACAUCUCGGCACAUUUACCAGUCAACCCUACGGUCAGGAUGAAGUGGACAUGCGGGAUAAUGAUAAUGUUUUCGAGGCUUACGACAAAGAUCAGGAUGAUAUUCGUCUGUAAAUUUCUGUUCUGAGGAAUUGCUCAAGUUGUCGUUCAUAAGUCUUUCCAUUGGCUACACUGCUGCUCACGAGUAAAGAUAUGGAUGAGUCCAUUAUGGUCUACAGUGGUGAAAGGGUUCAAAUGUCAAGGACACAUAUUUAUUAUACCCGAGUGUCUCGCUAACAAAUUUAUAGUUUGUAUUCGUGACAUCACAGCCACCAUUCAUGCAAAUCUUUUGUGUAUUGCGUUUCCAAUGCUAGAUGCAAGUUAAACAAUUUUACUGAAAAUAUACUUCCAUUAAUAUAUUAUUUACACACAGUCUUAAAGAGAUUUGCUGCCUUUCAAAUUCAUAUAUAUGCGAUUAGUGUUAGAGUUAUCGCCCUGAAAAUUUUAGCUGGCUUUAUCUUAAUAACUUUGGGUAUUAUCACAGUAGGCAUUUUUGUGUACCUUUCAAUUAAUUUAAGAAGUCUAGAGUACCAUUUGUGAAUGAAAUUUUACAGGGAAUCUGAUGGGGAACUCUCUUGGAAAGGAGAUGCAUAUGUCACUGUGACAAUAAAGCAGCAUACCCCCUUAAAUGUGUUGUUACUCUUAAGUAUAACAGUAAACAGAACAGUACAUGCAUUGUUUACUACUACAAUAGAAAAUGAAUGGAGAAAAUUCAAUAAUUUCGAAUAUGAAUGUUUGAUAGAAAUCCUAGUAGUACAGUAUUCUACAAACAGUUUAUUUUGAUGAUUUACAAAAAGAGAUUUUUGAGAAGGCAAAGUUUAUGCUUACUCAGUUACAUUUAUGAUUAAAAUAAAAAAUCUGUUUUGAUUUGAACAUUUUUUUUUGCUUAUUUUGCAAGAGGUCAGACAUUGUUUACAGGUACAUCACAAGUUUUUAAUACUAUUACAUUUAAAUUUGCAUCAGUUGUCUCCCUUCGAUUGUAUUUUAUAUUUAAUAGUACAUGGUCUAUUAUCUGGGGGAAAUGACUGUUUGUGGGGACCAAUUACAGCUAUAUGUGAGGCUAUGAGGCACUAUUAAAAUAUUUAAUGAAUAAGUAUAUUAACUUUGUGAAUUAUUUCAAUUUUGAGCACAUGAACAAAUUUGUGAUAUGGAAGAAUGAUGGUCUGACAUUAGGUUGAUAUUGACUGUAUAACAUUGAAAUUGGAGAGAAAAUAGUUUUGCACUUUUAUUUUAGGAACAAAUUUGCCAGGUUUGAUUUCUGCACAAAAUUGUUAACAGUUAGAUUAUCAUCUAUAUAGCAGUGAAUUAGUGUUUGUUUGUAUUGUUAGUUAUUUUUCAGGCCAAAAUGUAACAAAAAGAAAAUCUUUGCAAAAUAUUAACUGUAUACAGUAAUUCUAUACCUGUCAGAAAAUCAUAUAAGCUUUUAAUGUUAUGUUUUGCUUAAUAUCACAGUCUUUUCUUAAAAUAAAGAUUGAUCUUAAGGGGAAUGUACUGUAAUUUAAAAAAGUACUAUUGAAUGUACUGGACUUAAAGGAAUUUGUUGAUUUUGCAACUAUAAUCAUCAACUGAUGAAUCUUAUUGAAGAUAUAAUUAUAUGUUGAUGAAUUUUGAUCAAUAUAACUUUUGUUCCAUAUGAUUAUAUGUACAUUGUAACAUACAUAUAUACAUUUUGUACUGUAUUUGUUUGUGACUUCCGUAAGCAUGUAAUAUUUGGCCUAUAUGCAUGGCAGUAGACUGGUGUUUAUCAUAAAGAUCAAGUCUUUCACUGGUGAUUGACAAAAUUGGAUUAUUAAGAAUCCAUGUAACCCAUAUUCUUGCGAGACAACCCCACUGCAUGGGCUUUUAGCAUGUGUAAUACGGUAGGGAUGUUUGUGUGUAUUUCAACAUAAGGGUAGUCAUAGAUAACGGAUCACAAUAAAACAUCGAAUUAGAACUAAAUCGUAAUUUAAGAAUUCAGCUAGUAAAUAAAUUGUUUUGUGUUGUGUUAUUAUAUAUAUAAUUUGGGAAUGUAAUUUGUACUUGUUAAAAAUCAUUUGUGUAUUUUGGAUUUUUUUUUUGACAAAUUGUUGUAAUUGUUAGGGAAAGGAAAAAUUAAAAGAUCUGAAGAACUAUUGAUAAAAAAAUAUUGACGACUAAAAAAUGUGGCAGGAUCCACUUUGCAAAUUCUUGAUCGAGGUAAAUAAUUUAAGAGGUGAUAGAAAGUUCAGAAUUAACAUAUUAUGUCUCCUGAAUAUUCAUGUAUGGAAAUUGUUAUAUUUUUAUAUAAAGUAUUUAAAAAUUUA